AUGGAGAAGAUCGUCUUCUACGAGGAUAGAAACUUUCAGGGUCGAUUCCACGAGUGCGACAAUGACUCGAGCGACCUGCACACGUACUUCAGCCACUGCAACUCCAUCAGAGUGGAGGGAGGAUUCUGGGUAGUCUACGAGAGGCCCAACUACAUGGGCUUCCAGUAUGUUCUGAUCCCGGGAGAGUACCCAGACUACCAGAGCUGGCUGGGCAUCAACGACAGCGUCAGGUCCUGUCGCAUUAUUAGGAAUGUGGGGAACUCCUGGAGGCUGAAGGUUUGGGAGAAGCCAAACUUCGAAGGCGCGUCGAUGGAGGUGACAGAGAACAUACCCGUCUUCCACGAGCGCUGGCACAGCCGCGAGGUCCACUCCUGCAAGGUGUUAGAAGGUGCCUGGGUCUUCUGUGAGCAUCCCAACUACAGGGGGCGCCAGUACCUGCUGGAGAGGGGCGGCUACAGGAGGUACGCUGAGUGGGGGGGCAUGCAACCCACUGUUGGAUCCAUCCGCAGGGUCAAAGAGCACUAG